AUGUUGGUGGGUGGAUCAGGUUGACUUGAGUAAACUAAACUGAGUAAUGUCAAAUUGUCAAAAUUACCAUAAUUGUUGAAGUUCGUCAUUGAUAAUAUGAUAUUCUUUUCUAGUUAGUUUAUUAAAAUAAUUGUAUAUUUCGUAUAAUAUAUAAUCUGGAAUAUUUUAUUUGUGCUUAAGUAAAAGUGUUGUGGCGAUAAGUAUUUAUUAAAGCGGAGUUUUGUUAAACUAAGAAAAUGGCAGAAGGUGGUUUCCCCGGGCAACAUACGACCACCACUACGGUGACAUCAAGCACCACUGUUCAGACAAACAUACGAUUCGAUCCAUCCUAUGUGAAGACUAUACCGGGAAUCCUUAAAGUUGUACAAGUGGUGUGCAGUCUUAUAGGAUUCAUAUGUAUUCAGUGCUCGUACCUGAACACCGCUAGGAAGGGCGUGUACUUUAGCUGGAUCUCCAUGAUCGCGUUCUGGUUUACCGGCAUCCUGCUCGGGUUCUACCUAUUCCACAUCGUGGAGAAGUUCUAUAAGAUACCCUGGCUGAAGAUCGAAUUCGUGUUCACGGCUCUCUGGACCGUUCUGUAUCUGAUAGCGGGCAUACUCGCCGUCACCGUGCACGAUAAUUCACAUUCCGCUGCAGCGUUCUUCGGGUUCACGGCGACGCUGGCGUACGCGCUGGACGCGUUCCUGAAGUGGCGCGGCGUGCGCGCGGGCGGGCUGGCGCAGGGCUCGCGCGUCGUGUCCAAGCAGACCACCUCCGUGGCGCCGCCGCGCGAGGGCUACUAGGGGCCCGCACCGGGGGGGGUG